UUCUGAAACGGCAUCUAGCAUCGCCAAAAAGGCGGCCGCUGUACGCGGCCUCUCUCUCUCUCUAUAAAGGAAUGCUGAAGCCGCGGGGGAGAGGUUGCUUUCUGGGAUGUCACACUAAGAAACCAGAGAGAGUCCUCGUAGCUAGAAAGCAACCCCAGCUGCGCUCUAGAGAGAGAGAGAGAGAGAGAGAGAGAGAGAGAAAGAGAGAGGGAGGGAAUUGUUCAUCUCUGUGAAUUGUGCUAAUGCGGUUGCCGUUGAGGUACAUUCUUGCUUGAAUUUGAUUUGAAUUGGGCCCAAUGCCAGGAGACAUGCUUCUACUUCAGGAAGAUGAAAUGGCGAGACGAUCUGAUCUUGAGACAUCUGAAGAUGACCGACGAAGGACUCGGAUAAGAUCUCUCAAGAAGAAGGCGAUCCACGCUUCGACAAAGUUUUCACAUACUCUGAGGAAACGGGGUAACCGGGUGUGUGACAUCCAAUACCCAGCUAUUUCAAUCGAGGACGUUCGGGAUGCGGAGGAAGAGAAGGCAGUGAAUGCAUUUCGUCAGAUCUUGAUCGAGAAAGAUCUGCUUCCUGCUCGGCAUGAUGAUUAUCAUACCUUGCUGAGAUUUUUAAAGGCAAGGAAGUUUGACCUUGAUAAAACAGUUCACAUGUGGGCAGAAAUGCUUAACUGGAGGAAAGAGAAUGCAGUCAAUUCCAUUUUAAAGGGCUUCACAUUUGAUGAAUAUGAAUAUGUCCAGCAUUACUAUCCUCAUGGUUACCAUGGUACAGACAAAGAGGGACGACCAGUUUAUAUUGAAAGACUAGGCAAAGUUGAACCAAGCAAGCUUAUGAGUGUCACCACGGUGGACCGGUUUUUAAAGUAUCAUGUGCAGGGGUUUGAAAAGGCCUUUGCUGAGAAGUUUCCAGCCUGUUCUAUUGCAGCCCAGAGGCAUAUUGAUUCUACAACAACAAUAUUGGAUGUGCAGGGGGUUAAUUGGAUUAGUUUCGGCAAGAUUGCCCAUGAUAUAGUUAUGCGUAUGCAAAAAAUCGAUGGUGACAAUUAUCCUGAGACAUUACAUCAGAUGUUCAUUGUUAAUGCUGGUCACGGAUUCAAACUACUAUGGAACACAGCAAAAGGUUUCCUUGACCCAAAGACUACAGCAAAGAUACAUGUGUUGGGCAACAAAUUCCGGAAUAAAUUGUUGGAAGUCAUAGACUCAAACCAAUUGCCAGAUUUUCUGGGUGGCACUUGCUCCUGUCCAGUUGAAGGUGGGUGCCUUAGAUCUGAUAAGGGACCCUGGAAUGAUCCAGGGAUAAUGAAGUUGGUGCAUACUGGAAAACCUAUGUGUUUGAGGAAAAUUACAAGUUCCGCUGACACUGACAAUUUAAAAGUGAAGUUACUUGCCUCUAAGAUUGUGAGCCGCGAAAUAUUGCCUGCUGAGUCAGAAUCAGAUGUAGGACCAAGUAAUUCUGGCUUCAUGCCAUUAAUGCCACUUUAUAAAGAAGAAAGGAUAAGCAAUCCUGCUUCUAUCCAGGGUGUGACAGAAUUAGUUGAUGUUGUUACUCAAGUUGAAGAUGGAAAUCUAACAGAUGAUAUUACUAAUGUUAGACAAAGAAGGCCGGCAGAGUUCAUUUUAAAUUUUACAACUUCAGUGGUGAACUCUGUUCUCAAAUUAUUGUUGUGCAUAUGUCUUCUACUUCCUGGGUUGGGGAGAUUUUUUGUGGUGAAACGUGCAGUCAGGAGGAGGGAAAAUCAGUGCCCCUCUGAAUCGGCUGAUUCAAAUUCUCUGGCACAUGUUUCACAGACCAUUGGAAAGGACUUACUUCACCCAUGCUGGCAGAGGCUGCAAAACUUAGAAGCAAUGGUAGCAGACCUAUCAAGAAAGCCUACGAGUAUUCCUCCAGAGAAAGAGGACAUUCUUCUGGACUCAUUGAGCCGUAUUAAAUCAAUAGAAUUUGACUUACGGAAGACAAAGAAAGAUCUUCUUGCAACUGCAUCCAAACAAGUGGAGCUUGCAGAGUCACUGGAAACUUUAAAGGAGAACAGCGAAAAUGGCAUGAACUCUUGCUGGUUGAGAAGUUGCAGAUCUUCACAGACAGGGAGAUGAGCACAGUUUGUUAUGUUUGAGAUGCGAGUUUCCUGAAGUGGUCGUUUGACAGUGCGUGCCUCAUACCUACCUACCUACCUUUCGGCAACGAACCGCAAUCGCAAUCACUACCACAUCACUUCCUGGAUAUUUUUUCCCAAUUAAGAAGACUCCGGUUGUCACACUUAAAGGUAAAUUCUCCCAAUUGAAAAAUAGUAGAUGCUACUCUUUCCCCUCUUACCCACACAUCUCUACCUUAACAGUUGAGAGUGCUGCUGCGGCAACAGGAAGUGGGAGCCUUUAUUUCAUAAAGAUUUGUGGCAGCGAGUGCUGUUUGUGCUAUCCUAAAAUUUCCUUCAUGUUUUUGUGCAUAGUGUUGAUAGUUCAGUUCAAAUAGCAUUCAGCCAAAAGUCCAUUUACAGAAGCAGAUGCAGUGGCUUGGAUUGGAUCAAUCCGAUAUCUGACAUUUUUUAGUUUAUAAUUUUCAUAUUUUGAUUUAUUUUUUGGUUCAAUAUUGAGUUUAAUACAAAUUUUUUUUUUUUGGUUUAAAAAAAAUAUAUAUAUAUAUAUUUUAUA